AUGUGUCCAACCCACCUUGUGGACACGAGCAGCACCGGGUCUGUCUGCGAAAAGUGCAACAAAAGCAACGAGAUUUGGUUCAAGAUCCCGGAAGCGCUCAAGCCGGAUGUCGAAGCUGCACUUGAGCUGGAGGGAGAGGACCUUCACGAAGCACUUCGUAGGAUUCGUUUUCAAACUGGUGACAUGUUCAUCAUAGAAAUGGGAGGCUAUGACUAA